UGUGCAUAUGUAGUUGUUGCUAUGGUUACCAGAGUACUCAAACAGAACCGAACUACACAACAAGCCAGUAACAAGUUAGCUAGCUAGUUUCAGAAGUAAUCGUUACGUUUGCCACAUUUUCCAAAGACUUUUGUGAUCUAAAGCGAUUGCAUUUUAUUUUAGUAUUAAUAUUAAUAUUAAUACUGAUUGGCAUCGCGUUGACUUUGCUAACUAACGUUAUCAUGGUAAAAGACAGUAAAAUUCUUGUUAGCCAUCGUAUCGUUGUCAUUUUGAUAACAUGAAACACAAAUAUGGCAUACGACGAAUACAGUUCGCAUUUGUUCCGAUGGAAGAAGCCUGGAAAUAAAACAUCUGUUGAAAAGCGGGUAGAGACGGCUUCCAAAUUUGCUGUGUCUGAAGUUUUCUCCCACAAGAAACCCCAUAUAGGCUCAUCUGACCUGGCUAUGCCUCUGCAAACCUCUGCCCAGUUAAAGGAUCAUGAUGAUGCUUACAGUGAAGCUCAGGCACUUUUAGGGGAUUGGCUGCACGGUAAAUUACGUCUGGAGCUGGAGAUGGAUGAAGAAGAUGACCUGAUCUUUCCUGCUGAGAAACACAGUCCCAUUGCUUUGGAUAUCUGUACCCCAACAGCUCCCAACUACACCAACUUUGAUGAUUUUUACAGCUGUUUGAUUAAAGAAGAGGAGAGCAGCACCAUAAACAAUUGUCUGCAAGAACUAAUGGAACAAGAGGUGCUAGACUCUGUAAUUAUGGACCAGUUAGCAAUGGAUGUUGGACAGACAAGAAAGAAGUUCAGAAACUCAGCCAUUACAAUGGAAGAAAGGCACAAACAGGUGCAUGAGAACAAGGCCCGACGAGAUGCUGAGAGGCAGAGGCAGCAGAGAGCACGAGAGACUCUUCAGGAGGCCAGAGAAGAGACCUGGAGGAGAGAGAGAAAGGCGGAGUUGAGGAGGCGGCAGCAGGCUCGCAGACAGGAGGACAUGCUUCAACAGGAGAUGGUCAGGCUACGACGGCAGAUGGAAGAGCAGAGGUGCAUUCAGCAACUGGCUCGACAGAGGAAAAGAGACUGUGCAGAGAGGGCAGUUGUCAAGAGUCCACAAUGUGCCUCUCUGAUUCUUAUGGAAUGUCAGAAGAUGGAUCAACAACAACUGUAUAAAGAACAACAAGCUCUGACACUGCUCUAUAUGAACAACUUUAAGUGUCUGCAGAGGCAUUUCACUGCUUGGUUUUCAGUGGUGCUAAACCAAAGGAUUCACAUGGACAAGGCCAAGACUGUAUGUGAGUGGAGGAGGAAGCUGAGAGUAUGGCGGGCUUGGCGGGCACAAGUGUUACUAAAACAACAGCAACAAGAAGUGCAGAGAACUGAGGAGGAAUUGCGAGAAGAGAAUAGACUCUACAUUUUGGCUGUGCAGACUGAUAACAGACGGUUGUUAAGACGUUUUCUGAAUGAGUGGCAGGUAUGGGCUCAGAUGGAGAGGGAACAACGAAAGCUCUUGAGUCAGCAGCAGGAAACUCGCCACAAGAUGGCUGCCUUAAUCAGUGCAGUGACAAGUGGCAAACUCAGAGCUACACAAAACCCAACCUGUCAAGCAGUAAUGGCUCCAGCAAAGGCCAUGCAAACCGAAUACAAGAGACCUCAUCAAAGUGCAGCUUCUGUAGCUUCUGAUACAUCUCUGGUACAUCAGGAGGAAAACCCAGGGGCCAACAUGGCUCCCAUGACCCAGCCCACUGAGCCAUGGCAGAUAAGCCGUCAGCAUGUGGCCCCUACUGGAGCUGAGAUCCAGAGGGCACUGCACAAAGACAGGGGUUCAUCCUGUCUGAAAAACCUGACUGCACCAGGAGCCCGCUUUGAGCACCGACAUACCACACAACUACAGAUCAUCUAUCAGCAGAGGAAGCUGCUCAAGGAACAACAAGAGCAAAUUGUACUACUGCAGAAGGAGCAGCUUGUGAUGGGUUUAGAGCUUGAGGAGCAGAAGUCAGCACAGCGCCUUCAGCUGGCAAAAGCCAUACCAUGGAUCCACAAGUAUGAGCCUAAAGGGCAAAGGGCACCAGAGGGUAAUGGACAACCUGACACUCCAUGUGGCCCUCAGAAGAAAACUGUCACACGGCAGACUUGUCCUCAUCCAAUCAUUGUUGCUAUGGAGACACGAGCACGGCAGCGGGCAGAACGGAGGAAACAAGUCGAAGAAAUCAAGAGAAGGAAAGAAGAUGAGAAGUUGGCUGAGAUGAAAGCAGCGGAAGAGCAGCGGCAGCGAGAAGAGGAGAAGGAGAGGCGCAGAGCAGUGGAAAAGAGGAGAGAGGAGAGGAGAGUGGAAAAAGAGAGGGAAGAUGAGAAACAGAGACGGCUCAGAAGACAACAAGAGCUGAUGUCUUUGGCCCGCCAACACUACCAUCGAACACUCUUAAAACGCAACGGACUGGCUCCAUGGAAACGUCUGGUUCAGCAGACACAGGCCAACAUGCAGCUGGCCCAGAGUCACCACGAUCUGUCCCUCCUGAGGCAGUGCACACUCAGCUGGCAGCGCAUGGCACAAGAGUCCCUGUCUGAGAAAAAAGCUUCUGCUGACCAACUGCACCAGCACUUUCUGCUCCGAAGGAGCUUAGGCAGUUGGAAGAAAUUAAUGGAUUGGCAACUGAUUCAGGAGCAGAGAGCCAAGUGUUUCUACCGUGUUCGCACUCUUAGACGGGUCCUGCAGGCUCUGCAACAUUUGGUGAUCCAGGAGAGGCUACUGGAGUGGGACCGUCAGGAGCUGGCUGAGAAGCAGAAUAGCAGACGGGUGCUACAGCGAUGGUUCUUAGCCUGGAGGCAGCUCCCUGUCCUGCUGCGGAGAGAGAGGGAGAAGGAGCAACGCCGGGAAAAGUUGGUGCGGAAAGUAGUUGAGAUUCUCCCUGAUUUCUGCUCCCAUCAGUCAUAAAUCAUGAGUGUGUAGAACAGAUCCUGUCUGUUCUACACAACAUUAACAUUAACUAAUGCAAGAAA